CAACGUUCCGAAUGAGAGCGCGUCGAAGCCAAUGAGAGGUGGAGAGUUGCCAGGUUUUAGCAGGGGGCUUUGGGUAAACAAGCCCUGAAACUUGUGCCUUUGAGUUGGGGUGGAUGCAGUAGUGCCAGGUUGAGGACAGCGUUGAGAUCGUGUCGAGCAAAGCCGGGUGUUUGUGAGUCUUUGAUGUAGCCUCAGAAGCUUUUCUGUGAGGGAGGGAGCAUGAUCACCUUCAUGAACAACUCUGACAGUGAGGAGGAAGCCUGCAAUGAGAGGACAUCCCUGAUGUCAGCGGAGAGCCCCCUUGUACCAUCUUACCUCGAUGGCGUGCAAGCACCUGAAACAGCCGAAACUCACACACAUCGGAAACGGCCCACUAGCAGCAGCCGCAGCUCUAACAAAGCUGCAGACGGCAGCGUGUCCGACUCAGAAAGAGCUCCAGCUGGACACGUUGUCCUGGAUAACGAAGAGGAAGAGUUGACCUUAAAAUAUGGAGCAAAACAUGUGAUCAUGCUUUUUGUGCCUGUCACGCUUUGCAUGAUUGUGGUUGUUGCAACCAUAAAAUCGGUGCGUUUCUAUACUGAAAAGAAUGGGCAGCUGAUUUAUACCCCAUUUACUGAAGAUACACCCUAUGUAGGCCAACGACUCUUGAACUCUGUGUUGAACACCAUCAUCAUGAUCAGUGUGAUAGUAGUAAUGACAAUCUUCUUGGUUUUGUUGUAUAAAUACCGUUGCUACAAGUUUAUUCAUGGCUGGCUGAUUCUCUCAUCUUUGAUGCUGCUGUUCUUAUUCACCUACAUCUAUCUUGGUGAAGUGCUAAAGACCUAUAACGUGGCUAUGGAUUACCCUACAUUGUUCUUCGUCAUUUGGAAUUUCGGAGCUGUUGGGAUGAUUUGCAUCCACUGGAAGGGGCCCUUGCAGCUCCAGCAAGCCUACCUCAUCAUGAUCAGUGCCUUGAUGGCUUUAGUUUUCAUUAAAUACCUGCCAGAAUGGUCAGCCUGGGUCAUUCUAGGAGCCAUAUCUGUUUAUGACUUGAUGGCAGUUUUAUGUCCAAAAGGACCACUCAGAAUGUUGGUGGAAACAGCGCAAGAGAGAAAUGAGCCAAUAUUUCCUGCACUUAUUUAUUCCUCUGCUAUGAUGUGGACAGUAGGAAUGGCAAAACAGUGUCCAGCACGUAGAGGAUCUGCUCCACAAGCAUGGGAUCCAGCUGAUGUACAAGAGAACCGUGAUAGUUCUUCAUACACUGAGCCUGAAAUUCCAGAGAUGAGAAAUUCAAUGGCAAACCAUCCAGUCGCAUCUUCCUUGGAAGAAACAGAGGAGGAAGAAAGAGGCGUCAAGUUAGGCCUUGGAGACUUCAUAUUCUACAGUGUGCUUGUGGGUAAAGCAGCAGCCACUGCUAGCGGUGACUGGAAUACAACUCUGGCUUGUUUCGUAGCCAUCCUCAUAGGCUUGUGUUUAACUCUUUUAUUGCUGGCUGUAUUCAAGAAAGCAUUACCUGCCCUGCCUAUCUCGAUCACCUUUGGCCUGAUCUUCUACUUCUCAACAGACAACCUUGUGCGACCUUUCAUGGACACACUUGCAUCUCAUCAGCUAUAUAUUUAAAAAAGGAGGGGAGGAGGAAGAGAUGCUGAUAGGAUCUUCCUCAGGAGCCUUGCUGGGCAAUGGGACAAUCUUAAAUGGAUGAAAUUCCUGCGGGUUUUGUACUUAGUGCCAUAUAUUUUUUCAGGAAACUUUUAAGAGCAAGUAUGUGAACCUCCCUGAAACUUGACAGCCAGGCCUUUCAGAUGCCAGUGCUAGAACUUGCUGCAGCCUCAUCCUAGAGCUGUUCACUUAGAAUGGAGCCCCCCUCCCCUGCUGAGGUCAGUAGGGCUUGCUUCCAAGGUUGCAGACCUGAUUGCCAUGAGCUUCUUGGGUGGUACCUAGCCUUUUAAGUUGGUGUCUGAGUAAAGCAGGAAAAGGUUUUGAGAAGGGUGUCUCUUGCAGCAUGCAGAUAGUGUGUCCACAGAGAGAUGAAGGAGUUCAUGAUUUUAAAAUUGAUUUUAAAAUGAUCAGAAGUUGUUUGUAGCUGUACCACCCCAAAAUCAAAAUCCAAAACCAAACCACUAUCCACAUAAAACUUUUAUUUGGACCAGCUAUGAUGGCACAAAAGUGUGUGCAAGCUUUUGCAUUCGCCAGAUCUAUUCCUCAGGCUAGAUUUUACAAUAUAAAAUUUUUAAAAGGUGAUGGGGAAAGAGAGAUUCUAGGCCAUGAGUUUAAAUGUUUUAGUCCAGUAGCACCUGAAAGGUAAACAGGAUUUCCAGGGUAUUAGGUUUUGAGAGUCAAGCUCCCUUCGUUGGACUUUAACUUUCAGAAGCUUGACUCUCAAAAGCUUACACCCUGGAAAUCCUGUUGGACUUUAAGGUGCCACUGGAUUAAAAUCUUGCUGUUCUACUGCUUAUCAACACAGCUGCCCACCUGAAACUAUUAUUUUAAAGGCUUUCUCUCACAGCAUCUCUGUGUGCAUUUUGCAAAGGACCGGCAACUUUGCUCUAGGAACCCUCCGCCCCUAGAAGGAGAAAAGUUUGCAGUUUGUUAAUGGCGAAUUACAUGCUUGCUCAGGAGCUUGCUGCACUCUUGGCAUGGCCCUUUAGGGUAAGACUGGCCAUUUUCCUGACAUACCUUAUGUAAGCAAGUAGAUCAGAGAAGGAAGAAGUAGAAUGUGAUGGGCCUCCAGCAGGAACAGGCAAGCCCCAGCACCCACACCGAGUAGCAGUGUGUCAACCCCGUUUGCUUGACACACACGGAGCUAGUUCUUUGCCUCAGGGGUGAGGCAAGCCCCUGCAAUGCUGGUAGUGAUGCUAGGGGUUGGCUUGUUCCCAGUGUGUCUGGCCAAGUACAUUCUUCUCUUUCCCACCUUUGAUUUACUAUCACACCAACAUCUUCACAAAUAGAGUGCUUUUUUAGGGGGGGGACGGGGACAUUUGGGACCGAAAGAUUGCCUACCCCUGAAAUGCAGCAUAUUUUUAAGGGAAGUGGAAAGCCCUACUGAAGGAGGAAAAGCUAUAAUUAACAGUGGAUUGCCCCCUAGCAGCCCUUCUCCUCUGAUAAUGAGUUCAGAAAGAGGCACACCCUCACAGCAUCAUGUGUGCAAGUAUUUGAAAUGGGUUUGUAGGAGGAGACUGAUGGGAGCUCUUGGGGAUUCCUAGUAGCUGGCCAAGAAUCCCCUGGAGACCUGUGUCAAACUUUGCAUUGUAUGGCUUUUUAACAAGAGCCAUCUGGAUUAUGGUUGUUGUGGGUUUUCCGGGCUGUAUUGCCGUGGUCUUGGCAUUGUAGUUCCUGACGUUUCGCCAGCAGCUGUGGCUGGCAUCUUCAGAGGUGUAGCACCCAAAAACAGAUCUCUCAGUGUCACAGCCUUCGACAAUACAGCCAUCUGGAUUGUUGCACUAUAACUAGCUGUUAGAACUUUGGACAUAGGGUUGGUUUGUAUUCAUCUGGUCAGUGAUCCUCUUCCCAGGUCUGAGGAAGUGGUGUGUAUCGCACACAAGCAUACAUGUCUAUGCAAAGAUCACUUGCAUAAGGCAGUGGAAAAGAGCAAGAGUCCAGUAGCACCUAUAAAACUUAACAAAAUUUGUGGUAGGGUAUGAGUUUUCAUGAGUCACAGCUCACUUCUUCAGGCAGUGUAUGAUGUGAAAGCACUUUGGAGAACUGGAAGUGCUGUUUUUUAUGUUCCAAUUAUUACUUGAGGCUUGGUGGUCCAUUUGAUGCUGCUGCUGCAUAUUGGGUGGGUAGUAGGGUAAAGGCUUAGAUCACCACCAUUGUGUGUUUGGAGGAGUGUGAGUGUUGCUGUUCCUCCAUGAUAGAGGAUCGCUGAGUGUGUGAACCCUUUCCUUUUAGGAAAAGGAGGAUUGGCAUCUAUGCUGCUCUUGUUGGAGAUAGAGAGAGAACUAAGUGGGCUUUUGACCUGACCUGACAAGAGAUUUCUUAUCUUGCAGUUAUGUACCAUCUUAGAAAGAAAACAUGUUGUCUUUGAACACUCAUACAUUUUCUUUCCCAUGCUACGAACUCCUUUCUGAUUCCACUGACAAUCAUGUCAAUGCAUGCAUGGGGGGGUUUUUUUGUUGUUGCUCAGGAUUGUCUGCAUUUCUGUUAUGGGGAGCGGGAAACUGGAGCACAACUUGCUGCAUCAGAGUAUUUCCUUUCCUCUCAGUAUCUGGAAUGGUGAUUAUGCUUUAUGUAGAGUUGCUGUACUAUUGCUAAGCUAUCAGCACCCAAGCCUGCUGCUAGUCAUAGUAUGAAUUUGUGGUUAAAAAGUAAAUCAGGACCCUAAAGGUUUCAGUUUCCCCACUCUAGGAGGAUGUUGCAAAUUCUGGCUCUUUCUUUUUAGAGGGAAGAUCUGCAUGGUUGGUUCCUCUGCUAAACCUCAAACAACACAGUGAAAAAAAAUCCUUUAAAAUGUAACUUUCUACUUUGCGUUUUACUCUUAUAACUUAUAUAAACAAUCUCCCCUGCUUCAUAAAUAAGUGCUGUAUGCUUCUUAGCCAAAAAAUUCUUAGGUUUGACUUUCCAAUUUUUGUAAUUUUCAGUGUUUUUUUUUAAUGCCUAACUUAGACUGUAUAAAUAUUUAACGUAAGAGUGAACUAUUUUGAAAAAUUAUAGUUUGUAUCAGAAUGUAUACAGUAGAAUCAAAGCUGAACCUCAACAUUAAAUGAGAAAUAAUUGAUGGUCCAUAUAUUUCAGGGUUAGAAGCUCCUCUUCUGAAAACAGGUCUAUUUUACAAAACCUCUAAGACCUGCAUUUUCUUGUUCAGUAAAAAGGAAGGGUCUAGUAAACAAAUGCAGUGAGAUCAAGGAUCAAAUUUCUUGAGCAACAGUCUCUUGGAAAGUCCAUUUGUGCAGGUCCCAAUGAAAUUCAUUUCAGUGGGCUUGGAUCUGACUCUGGAUUUUCCCCUUCCUGUUUUAUGGAGUCUGCCUUGCUCUUUGACCUAUAUAAAUCAACGAAAAGGACCACAGUGUUCUAAAGCUAGGAUUAAUACAAAUAUCACUGUGCUAGGUUGAAUUUCAAAAUAUUUAUGAUAAUCCCUAUCAAUAUGUUUACGAUUACGGUGAUAUUUGUAUUUAUACUUGCUUUUUGGCCUAACAAAAAUCAUGGUUUCAUUUUUUAAAAAAAGUAUUUUAAUUCAGUUUAAAUAUGCGGACAGUUGUGGAUGCUUCCAUUAUUCCCCCUUCCCCAGAAGUCCUUUCCAGCCCCCAGAAGUUUUAAGAAGCUGUCGGAUCAGACCAGAGGUUCUCCUAGCCCAGCAUCCUGUCUCACACAGUGGCCAACCAGUUGCCCUGGAGAGCCUGGAAGUUUGUUCCUGGGGAUGUAGGACCUGAAUAGUCACAUGGGUAGGGAAGGAGAACAGGGCAAAAUCACUCUGUCUCUUCUAUUGGUGAGUUCUAUUGAUGGAAGAGAGGAGAGGCCAAUUUUGCACCGUCCCUCCUCCCGACUGCAUAUUUCUGACCUACAUAGCUAUUGGACCAUGUGGAUCCCUCAGACCUGGGAAUAGAACAUUGUGGGCAUGGGGGGAGGGCAGCGGGAAAUAUCUUUGCAUCCACAGAUCAUUGGAUCCAGCUCUGUGAAUGGAAACUGUUUGGAAGUGCUUGCGGAGUGUGAAUAUUCAGCUCUGAAUAAUAAAAUUGGUUAUACCUUC